AUGUUUCUUGACGCUCUUUCUCUCUCUCUCUUUAUCUAUCUAUCUCAAGUUUUUCUCUCAUUCUUUCUUUUACAUUUUCCCCUCUCUCUAACUUUCUUUCUCAAUCUUUCUCUACCCUCUCUCUCUCUCUCUCUCUCUCUCUCUCUCUCUCUCUCUCUCUCUUUAAAUCCCUUUUCUUUCUCUUUUCAUAUUUUCUCUUUUACUAUCUGCCAUAUCAAGUACAUAAAUUUGAAAAGAUAUUUCUCUCUCUCUCUCUCUCUCUCUCUCUCUCUCUUUCUCUCACUCUCUUUCAGAUUUCUCUUUACAUUCUUUAUUGUUUAUAAUGUUUUAUUUAAAGUGUGCAAAGCUGUACCACAGCAUCUCUCUCUCUCUCUCUAUCUAUCUAUCUAUCUAUCUAUCUAUCUAUCUCUAAAGCUUUUUCUGACUCUAUUUAUAUUAUGUCUUUCUAUCUAUCUCUUGUUUUUCUCUUUUUUGUUUCUCUCUCUCUCUCUCUCUCUCUCUCUAUCUAUCUAUCUAUCUAUCUCUAAAGCUUUUUCUGACUCUAUUUAUAUUAUGUCUUUCUAUCUAUCUCUUGUUUUUCUCUCUUUAUUGUUCUCCCUCUCUCUCUCUCUCUCUCUCUAUCUAUCUAUCUAUCUAUCUCUAAAGCUUUUUUUCUGA